AAGCAUUUUGUAUGUAACUUCACAACCAACCUCUUAACCUUUAUUAUCACCACCGGAAGAAAAAAUGGACUUCAUAUCCAUCGUACUUUAUGUUAUACUCCCUCUGUUAACCACGUUCCUUCUCUCCGGUCUCCGGUGGAAAAAACCUCUCCCGCCGGGUCCGAAAGGUUGGCCCAUCAUUGGCAACAUGCUGAUGAUGAACCAACUCACACACCAUGGUCUCGCCAAUCUGGCUGAGACCUACGGUGGUAUACUUCACCUCAAGAUGGGUUUCAGACAUACCGUCGCGGUCUCUUCUCCAGAGAUCGCGCGACAAGUGCUCCAAGUCCAAGAUAACAUAUUUUCCAACCGUCCAGCCACCAUCGCCAUCGCAUACCUAACGUAUGACCGUCAAGACAUGGCGUUCGCUAACUACGGCCCGUUUUGGCGGCAGAUGCGAAAGCUUUGUGUCAUGAAGCUUUUCAGCCGCAAACGGGUCGAGUCAUGGGACUCUGUCCGCGAUGAAGUUGACUCCAUGAUCAAAAUCACCGCGGACAGCUCGGGCUCGCCAGUUAACCUAGGCGAGCUUGUGUUUGGGUUGACACAUGAUAUUAUUUACCGAGCCGCUUUUGGCUCGAUUUCCCAUGAAGGAAAAGAGGAAUUCAUUAGAAUUCUACAAGAAUACACCAAGCUUUUUGGUGCUUUCAACUUGGCAGAUUUUAUCCCGUGGUUAGGGUUUAUUGACCCCGCGGGAUUGAACACGCGUUUACCAAAAGCGCGUGCGGCGUUAGACGGGUUCAUCGAUAAAAUUAUAGACGAGCACUUGAAGAAGAAGAAGAAAACGGGAGAUGAUGCCGAUAGUGAUAUGGUAGAUGAGAUGUUGGCUUUUUACUGUGAAGAAGGAAAUAUUAACGAAGGGGAGGAUAUGCAGAACGUGAUAAAACUCACACGUAACAAUAUCAAAGCGAUUAUUAUGGAUGUGAUGUUUGGUGGCACCGAAACUGUGGCUUCUGCUAUUGAAUGGGCUUUGACCGAGUUAAUGCACACCCCUGAGUCCCUCAAACGCGUACAACAAGAGCUUGCCGAUGUCGUAGGCCUUGAUCGCCGAGUCGAAGAAUCCGAUUUCGAAAAGCUCACCUACUUCAAAUGUGUCAUCAAAGAAGUACUUCGUCUUCACCCUCCAAUCCCACUCCUCCUACAUCAAUCUUCUUCAGACACGGAGGUAGCUGGCUACCAUAUCCCUAAGGGUACGCGUGUCAUGGUUAAUGUAUAUGCAGUUAACCGUGACAAGAGUGCUUGGGAGGAUCCCAACACAUUCAACCCCUUACGUUUCUUGCAAAAUGGCGCUCCGGACUUUAAAGGGAGCAACUAUGAGUUUAUUCCCUUUGGGUCUGGACGUAGAUCAUGUCCUGGGAUGCAACUUGGAUUGUACGCAUUGGAGAUGGCGGUAGCUCACCUCCUCCACUCGUUCACAUGGCAGUUGCCAGAUGGAAUGAAACCAAGUGAGAUCGAUAUGACAGAUGUGUUUGGACUCACGGCGCCAAAAGCGAUUCGGCUUGUUGCGGUGCCAACUCCACGUCUCUUGUGCCCAUUGUAUUAGAAAUUGGUCAAGUUGGUGAGUGCAAAAAGUGUGCAAAGAAUAUUAAUAUUGUAAGUUUUAUUUUUUAUUUUUUUUUACUUUUCUUGUUAUAAUAUUAUUUUGCUUAAAAUAAAACACUUAUUUUCAUGUGCAUGUUGAAAUUUAAACUCCUUGUAUUUUGUGUUCA